GUCGGCCGAGAUAAUCGCUACGUGUAGACGGGCCUUUAGUCCUGGUACAUAUUCUUUGGUCACAUGAUGCGCAAACUGAGAUGCGCAUAAGGCGGGAGGAUUGGGUCAUAAUCCCAAAAGUUGCCUUUUAAACUUAUGUGAUUGGGUAUGAGUGACUUAGAUAAGUUAUUUGUGUUUAAGUGGAUAGUUAAGAACUUUAGUUUUAUACGUCCUGACCGUAGUAAUCCGCUGUGUAGCUCGCAUUUCAAUGUGAAAGCAUACGGUACUGCCUGCAUAGACUUAUAUCCUGAAGGUGAUUUACUCAGUGAAAAAUGCUUGCUUCUGGAAAUAAAAAUUCCUGAUGAACUUGAAAAUGUAACAAUCGACUGUGAGUUGUCAGGUUAUGAUUUACAUGGAAAAGCACUAGAGUUCUCAAAAACUGAAACUAGUUAUCGCAAAGUAUGGAAAUUUAAAAGAGUAUCUGAUGAUAAAAAAGUAUCUGAAACAUCUGCAGGAAGUAGUGAAAAGAUCAGUCUUGAGACUAGCCCAGAGACACUGAUACGUCCAGCAAGGUUCAGAUGGCCUCCUGAAAAAAGAGACGAAACCAAGAAGACUGUAUCAGAUGACACUGUUAUUAUUACAUGCAUUUUUUAUCAGCUGAAAGUGCCAUUAGAAGGGAACAAAAAUUCCUUGAAGAUCAUGUAUGAUAUUUAUGAUGUUGAACAUUUGUCUCAGGAUUUUUCGCUGUUACUUCAAUCUUCUCAGUGUAGUGAUUUAUUAUUAUGUGCAGGAAAUGAAAUAUUUCAUGUUCAUAAAGCCAUUUUGUGGGCUCGCGCACCUAAAUUCUUAAAUGAUUUUAGCUUACAGAACUGGAAGGUGUCUGCAGAACCAGUUAAAGUAGCUCUCGAUCCUCCUGUGCUCAGAUUACUGUUACAGUAUUUAUACUCAGGGAAACUAAAAACAGAUAAAGCAGAAUACCUUGCAAGUUUAUGUAGAAUAGCAGAUAAAUAUGACCUUGUAGACUUGAAACAAAAGUUGUAUGUUUUUCCAAGUGAAGUUUCUAUCACAACUAACAUCAAAGUUGACAGAAAGAGUUUUAUAUGGCCUGUAAAUUUAAAAUCACCGGCAGAAAAAUUUUACAGUCCAACUUUCCGCUCAGGCUGUAUACCUGGGUCAGAAUUUCAGUUAAUACUUUCAGUGCAGAAAGUUUCAAGGGGGUCAAGAAAUGUCGAAGUUUGUGUCCGUCGUCUUUUUCCAGACAAAGAAAAUCCGGUUCUGAUACAUUUGAUGAUAUCUAUUGUAGGAGGUGGUGACAAACAUAGAUUACCUGAUACAAAAAAGCAUUAUUUUCUAGCCGAUGAAGAAUGGUGUUAUACAUGUGUUAUUCAGGAACCAGUGCACAACUCCCAGCAUAAGGAGAAGUGGUUAAAACUUGGGAAAGACGACUGGCAGACAAAAAUACCGUCUUUCAGGCAGAGCUUCUUGCAUUAAAAGCAGCCAUCAAUUUGGCAAAAUAUCAAUUAGGAUUAAAGGUCAGCAUAUAUAGUGACUCUGCCUCAAGUUUGGAGUCCAUCCGAGGGCACAAGACAAGGAGUCCUUUGGUGCAAGAUAUUCAGAAAAUUCUUCUAAGUAUCCCACCAGAUGACAGACCUAUCCUGAUCUGGGUUCCAGCUCAUGUGGGUAUUACUGGCAACGAAGUGGCUGACCUGCUUGCGAAAUCUGCUGCCAAUGACUUCAGUAGAUUGGAAAACGCAGUAAGUGUUCCGAAGUCCUAUUUAAAAAAACCACGCUCAAUAGCCUUUUACAAGAAUGGCAGAAAAGAUGCAAAAGGGAAAGCACAG